UCUAAGCUGCUAGAGGGUCUGUCUGGGUGGCUGGGGGGGUCUGUGUAUGACUGUGGAGGUGUGACCUAGAGAAGGAUGGCCAGGCCUCUCCUGAGGAUCCAACGGUACUUCCGCAGGAAACCAGUCCGUUUCUUCUCCCUCAUCCUCCUCUACCUGACCGCCGGCAGCCUGGUGUUCUUGCACUCCGGCCUGGUGAAGGACAGCUCGCCAGGGGCCGGUGGGGCCAGGGAACCCCUGGUGGCCUCUGAGGCCGGGGGGAAGGCGGCGGGGGGGGCGGUGCCCUCAGAUACCCGUGCGCUGGGGCUGGCGGGGCAGGCGGUGAAGGUGACGAGACGCUCUGGACGGAGGUACGGGCCUCCGUGGAUGAAGCACACUGGGUCGGACAGUCCGGACUGGAGGGGUCCCGGGGGGGAUUACACCAGCAGCUGGAACCGUGCUCUCAAAGGACGCAGCGCCAAAGAUCUGGACGACGGGCGAGCUAAGUACAUCGGCUGCUACGUCGACGACAUACAGAAGCGAGCGCUCAGGGGAGUGUCCUUUUACGACUACAAGAAAAUGACAGUCUUCCGUUGCCAGGACAACUGCGCAGAAAGGGGGUACCUGUUUGCAGGGCUGGAGUUCGGGGCUGAGUGCUUCUGCGGUCACAAGAUCCAGGGCCCCAAUGUGUCUGACGCCGAGUGCAACAUGGACUGUAAGGGAGAGAGCAACACGUGCGGAGGGGCCAACCGUCUGUCCAUCUACAGGCUGGAGCUGAGCCAGGAGUCUGCCCGCCGCUACGGGAGCGCCAUAUUCAAAGGCUGUUUCCAUCGUCCGGACAACGUGACGUUGGCCCUGCCCGUCAGCGCGCUCAUCCAGAACAUGUCUGUCGACAAGUGUGUGGACAUGUGCACUGAGAAGGAGUUCUCCCUGGCGGUCCUGGCCGGGGGCAGGUGCCUGUGUGGCUUCCCCACGCGUCACUUCUCACUCCACGAGGUGGAAGGGGAGGACCUCUGUCAACACCGUUGCCACGGCGAUGAGUUUGAAAGCUGUGGGAAUGACCAGUACUUCGUGGUGUACCAGACCCAGGUGCAAGAUAACCGCUGUAUGGACCGGCGUUUCCUCCCCACUCGCUCCAAGCAGCUGGUGGCGCUGGCUAGCUUCCCCGGGGCGGGGAACACCUGGGCCCGCCACCUCAUAGAGCUGGCCACCGGCUUCUACACGGGGAGUUUCUACUUUGAUGGUUCCCUGUACAACAAGGGGUUCAAAGGCGAGCGAGACCACUGGAGAAGUGGGAGGACCAUGUGUAUCAAGACCCACGAGAGCGGGAAGAAGGAGAUCGAGGCGUUCGACUCCAGCAUCCUCAUGAUCCGCAACCCCUACAAGGCCCUCAUGGCUGAGUUCAACCGCAAGUACGGCGGCCAUAUUGGAUUCGCCUCCCAGGCCCACUGGAGGGGGAAAGAGUGGCCGGAGUUCGUUAAGAACUACUCCCCCUGGUGGUCGUCCCACACCCUGGACUGGCUCCGCUACGGCAGGAGCGUCCACGUGGUCCACUUCGAGGACCUGAAGAGGGACCUGUUCUCCCAGCUCAAGGGCAUGAUUGUCUUCCUGGGGACGGGGGUGUCCGAGGAGCGGCUGCUCUGCGUGGAGGGCCAGAGGGACGGGAACUUCAAGCGCUCUGGCCUCCGCAAGCUGGAGUACGACCCCUACACCCCCGAGAUGCGUCAGAGCAUCGAUGAGCUCAUCAAGACGGUGGACGCGGCCUUGAGGAAGAGGAGUCUGCCAAGGGUGCCGGAAGACUACAGGCCAAGAUGAUAGGACAUACCUCUCUCUCUGUCUCUCUCUCCCUCUCUCUCACACUCCCGCUCUGUCUCCCUUUCUCUCUAUAUCUUUCUCCCUCUCUCUCUCUCUCUCUCUCUCCACCUUUCCCUCUCUAUCUCACACUCCCUCCCUCCCUCCCUCUCUCUCUCUCUCUCUCUCUCUCUCUCUCUUUUUUUUUAUUCCUGCUCUUUCCCUCCAAAGUUUCCCCAAACAUUUCUUUGUUUUUUUAAUGUUAUGAAAUGACUGGUGAAACGUACGGAACUCCGUCUUCUUUGUCGAAAAGGCGCCACGUGAAUCUGCAGCGCCGGUUUGACGUGGGAACCUGUAGUUUAUCUCAUCUGAGACGACUCUUUCCGACCCCUCGCGUUUAGCGAUUUUAGGAUCCUUUCUCACGUUCUCUCUCUCUCCUUCGAGGGGGAUUUGAUGGUCCUGGCACUGCGGAGCCACGUAAGGACAGCCAAUCAGACACGUACAACAUUGUGCACAUGCCUUAAAGUAAGGAAGUACAUUUGCUGUAGGUUUAAUGUGGUAGCACGUUCAAGAGCAUAAUAGCUGACAGGCUUUCAGCCUCUCGUGCGGUGAACAUUUCUGUGAAGACAAAGAGGAAGAAGACUUGGGUGAAUAUUUAUACAUUAUGUACAUCCUGCUCUGCUGAGACCUCUCACACAGAGCCGGACUACACUGUUUUAUACAUUCAAUUGUUCGAAAUUGUAACAUAGUAAAAAUAGUCCUUUUAAUUUAGCUAGAGAUGAAUAAUACAAUAUGUACCUCCUGAAUAGCGAACACUGUAUGUUAGGGUGUUCGUGGGCUUGAAGUACACCCUUUACAGACACAACCAGACACUUGUAAGUGUGAAGUAAAUAGAUGGACUCAGCACUGUCUGUUCCCCAUUGCAUCAAACCACACACAGCUAAAGUUAAUUUUGUCCUCCAGAGUUUUUACCCCGACUACUAAUAUUAACAACAACAAUGACAUGACGACUAUUUUUCCUUUUUUUCCUCAGGCCAACCACACCAAGUUAUGAGUAUGACAAAUUUUCUUUUGAAAAAUACUAAAUAUUAGAAUAAACGCCUAUCAAAAUCUCAAGCCCGGAUGCAUAAUUCAAGAUUUUCAUUGGACAUAUUACAAUGGUGUCAGCAGUGCCUUUCCUGCCUUUCCUGAUAGCUGUGACUUCUUCUAGUAAAGAACCUCCUGAGGUGCUGAUAACAGGUUGCUUUGUGCAGCUGUAGGGGGGGGGGGGGGGGAGGGAGGGAGGGAGGGAGGGAGGGAGGGAGGGCCAAAAGUUUCUAAUCUUGACAGAAUAAGAGACCUAGGAAGUGUAUAUGCAAUUUACUUCAACAAACAGAUACAGUAUGAUAGCAACUCAAGGUGUGUCUGUUACGACGCGUGUAAACAUACCUGCUCAGAUGAACCAGAUGAAAGGUUUCCAGGGGUCACAGUUAUGUAUGUUGAUAGCCAAAAAUAUUUAAGUGUCUGCUUUUCAUUUCAUGUUGUGUGAUUCAUGUUAAUGUGCGGCAGUUAAGAGGAACAUCUAGGAUAGAUUGUUAAUUUGUUAGAUAUUUUCCUUUUUUUUUAUGAUCCAAAAACUAUUUCACUGUGGUACAUGACUGAACUCAUAUUUCCCCCAAAGGCAUAAGAGGUAUUACCUUUAUGUACUAGAAUUAUAUUUGUUUCUUUUAAGAUUAGGUUGUCAUGGACAGUUGCUAGAUGUGAACUUCCACUUUAACUCUGAUAACAGCUUUGCGGUUGAAUCAAUAACAGCUUUGCAAAAAUUAUCAGCCGGUGUGGUUAUAAUCUCACAGCCAUCCUGAAGUGUGAAAUAUUCUAGUCAGAAUUUUUACAAGCACACCUUUACAGUACAUUAAUAAUUUGUGUUCCAUGUCCCUGUUGCUAAGUUCAUAGGUGGCUGGCAGCCAUUACAAGUUAAGGACUUCCAAUGUACCAUAAACAUAUAUUUUUCUAGGUUGUGCAACAAAAAUUAAAUAAGUCUUUAUAAUGCAAGAAGUAAAUCGGUAAGAUCUAUAUUUUUGACACAGGCUUUAAAUGAAAGAGUCUUGCUUUCCUUGCCAGGCUGGGUGUCACAUUUGAAUGUAUUUUGUAUGGAAUGAAUGUCAUGUGAUCAUACCCAAUAAAUUAAAUUAACAUAGUUGUGGAUGAUGGUUUCAAAUCGACAUGCAUUGACAUGGCUUCUGUUUGAAGGUGAGUGGAUUGUGGAAGAUUGACAACAAUAAAUGCAGAAGAUAUGAUUUAAAUGUUUAUUGUUUAUGGAUAAGAUGCCAGCUGAUUAUUAAACGAUCACUGUUUAUUGAUCAGA